UUUAAAAAGAGCUGGUUGUCUCGAUGUAGGGCAUGCUAUGACCGCGUCAUUACUUCUCCAUUCCCGCUGGAUUGACCCAGUCAUGUUUCUGUAUGAUAACGGUUUGGAUGAGAUCAAUAAAAACAUGGAGGGCUUCACAGGAGGCAAUUAUGCAGCAAAUCAGUGCAGGAAUUUGUUGGCGCAUCCGACGUCCCUGGCUCCAAGCACUACCUACACGUCGAGCGAGGUGCCCGUAUCUGGCAUGGGCGAAGCUGUCAAACAAUGCAGCCCCUGUUCCGCAGCCCAAAGUUCAUCAAAUGCGUCCUUGCCUUAUGGAUAUUUUGGCAGCAGCUACUACCCGUGUAGGAUGUCACACGGCAGCGUCAAGUCCUGCGCGCAACCCUCCUCUGCCUAUGGGGACAAAUACAUGGACACAUCCGUUUCAGGAGAGGAGUUCCCAGGGUCCAGGGCGAAGGAAUUCGCUUUUUACCAAGGCUACUCCUCCAACCCUUACCAACCUGUCUCCAGCUAUCUGGACAUCCCAGUGGUACCCACCCUCAGCGGACCCACCGAGCCCAGGCAUGAGCCUCUUCUGCCAGUGGAGCCUUAUCAGCCAUGGGCUAUCACCAAUGGAUGGAAUGGUCAGGUUUACUGCGCUAAGGACCAGCCACAGUCAAACCAUCUAUGGAAAUCGUCCAUUCAAGACACUGUAUCUGGAGGGGAUGGCAGCUCUAUUCGACGUGGGAGGAAGAAGCGCGUGCCAUACACCAAGGUACAGCUGAAAGAACUGGAGAGGGAGUAUGCCGCCAAUAAAUUUAUCACAAAGGACAAACGACGAAGGAUAUCUGAUCAGUCAAACCUGACAGAGCGACAAGUGACUAUCUGGUUUCAGAACAGGCGAGUAAAAGAGAAGAAGGUUGUCAACAAAUUUAAGAGUCCCAGUUAGCUGUAUAUGGAACAACUGAAACAAAAAGACAGAAAAAGAAGAGACUUGAAGGUUGUUCAAUGAAAAUGAACUAUAUUAUAAUUUAUUACACAAUAUAA